AUGAUUGAUGGCUUUGAAUUUAUUUUAUUGGCAGAAUUUACUUGUUGUGUUACGUUUGUUGGUGUUGCGGCUAGAGUUGGGGUCGGUGCUAUUGUCUUUUUUGAUGAUGUACUAGGUAAAUUACAAGACUCAGUUAAAUCACAAUUAGCAAAUGUUGAACACGAUAUCGGUACACCGAUAUUAGAUAAAUUAAAUGAAUUGUCACAGCUAGUUAAUACAUUUUUAGAGAAAGUACGUGAUCGUGUUUUUCGAGUUUCAGGUAGUAUCUAUCAGAAUAUAAAAAACAAAAUGAGUACAUCAAACCGACCGGUUGAAAAUUCAAUGAAAAAAAAAUUAGAAAAAGGUCUAGAACCAUCACAUUUGGAAAUUAUUAAUGAAUCGGCUAUGCACAAUGUACCUAAAGAUUCAGAAUCUCAUUUCAAAGUAGUAGUGGUCUCGGAUAAAUUUAAAGAUGUACCUUUAAUUAAGCGUCAUCGAAUGGUUAAUGACUUAUUGAAAACUGAAUUGGAAGAAAGUAUCCACGCUUUGUCAAUAGUCGCAAAAACUCCGUCUCAAUGGGAAGAGAGUAACAAAGUUAUCGCGCCUAGUCCAGCGUGUAAGGGAGGAUUUGGUAAAUAA